GUAUAUUUGGUCCUCGAACGAUCCCACCAAGCCAGAUGUAUUUUUGACCACGCGAACUCACUAGUUCUUUUUUAACGGUGAUCGCAAAAGCCGAAAAUGCCUUUCGAAAGGUUUGUACAAAGUGGCAGAGUUGCCUACGUGAGCCAUGGCCCUCACAAAAACAAGCUUGUGGCCAUUGUUGAUGUCAUCGACCAGAACAGAGUUUUGGUUGAUGGACCAGCAUCCAAAAUUCCAAGGGGUCAGAUGAGUUUAUCUAAUUUACAUCUUACGAAAUUCCGCCUGAAGUUCCCAUUUACUGGAUCUACCAGAGUUGUAAGAAAAGCUUGGGCUGCUGAAAAAAUCGAUGAACAGUGGAAAGCUACUGUGUGGGCCCAAAAAGUAGCUGCUAAAGAAAAGCGAGCUGCCCUUAGUGAUUACGAUCGCUUCAAAUUGAGGAGAGCCAAACGCGUAAGGAAUGCAAUUCGUACAGAAGCCUUCUACAGAUUGAAGAAAGCUGCCAAAAAAGCAAAAGCAAACAAAGCAGCAGCCAAGAAGUAAUUGUUUUUUAAAAAAUU